AUGACCAAGCGCACCAGAAAAGUCGGCGUGACCGGAAAGUACGGUACUCGUUAUGGUGCCUCAUUGAGAAAGCAGGUCAAAAAGAUGGAAGUCACCCAACACGCCCGCUACACUUGCACAUUCUGCGGAAAGGAUUCCGUAAAGCGUACUGCUGUUGGCAUCUGGCAUUGCCGUGCGUGUCGCAAGACGAUUGCUGGAGGUGCUUGGACUGUUUCCACGACGGCCGCAGCUACCAUCCGCAGUACCAUUCGUCGUCUACGAGAAAUCACCGAGGCAUAA